AUCCUCGAGGAUCGUUUCAAUUGAUCACAUCAUUAUGCCGCUAAGAUCGGAAGCUUCCUCUUCGAGGGACACUCUAAACACCGCCACCACCUCGGACGAACGACGUCGCACCGGAAGGUACGUCGCCGGUGGGGCCGUGCUGGCAAUCAUGCUGCUCGCCGUGCAUCAUGCUCUCUUGCGGGACGCGUCCACCAUAACUGGCGUCUUCAUACCGGCCAUAAUAAUGGUGUCCUACAUUGUCUGGAUCUUGUAUUCCGCCCACCGGGACAGACGAAAGGCGCUGAGAGUCGCCACGAUGAUGCCACUGACGGAAGUCAUUAGCGUUCCAGAGGACACCAAAGGAGCAAUCAGCAGCAGCAGCAGCAGCAGCAGCAAGAAGAAGAAAAAGCGAAGCAACAAGAAAGAUCAACGAAAGUCUGAUAGUGAGAAAUUAACUUAUGCAGCGACGCAAUCUCGCGAAAAUCCAGCCUUCAAUUCGAAAGACGAAGCACCGUGAAUUUCUGUACGCCAAGUUUCUUUUCCCACGAGAAUUACGCCUCUUUUUAUCAGCAAACACCCUGCUCCAUUCGUGAAACGAUCCUUCCUUUUAUA